UCACAUUUGAAACUUCACACACAAACAAAAGAAACAAAAAGAAACACAAACAAGAACACAAAGUAGUCUUUUUCUUUCUUUCCUUCUUUUUCUGAGCUUAAUACAAUUAUAGGAGAUGGGAAACAGUCUAAGGUGCUGUUUGGCUUGUCUUCUUCCUUUUGGAGCACUAGACUUAAUCCGUAUCGUACAUUUAAGUGGCCACGUAGAAGAAAUUACACAUCCAAUCACAGCUUCUGAGGUUCUCAAGAAUUACCCAAAUCAUAUUUUAACUAAACCUUGUUCUCAAGGUAUAGUUCGUCGGAUUUUGAUCUUGUCGCCGGAAUCAGAACUCAAGAGGGGCAGCAUUUAUUUUUUGGUCACGGCCAAUUCUUUGCCGGAGAAGAAGAAAACCAACAACUCCAAUAAAAAUGUCUCCAAAAUUAAAAGCAAAGAAUGUCAUAUUAGCAUACCUGAGAUUGAUCGGUAUUUAAGUGACGUUACAUCAGAAAAGAAGUCUUCCCGUCGAGAACGGCGGAAGGGUGCAGUUGAGGAAUGGAGGCCUCAGCUUGUGAGUAUUUCCGAGGACUAAGAGCACGUUUGAAUUAGCUUAUUGUAAAUAGCUGAUAAGCUUGGAGUGCUGACGUCUCUUGUUACUUGGCCCAACCAUAAAGAGAAACUAUGUCCAUUUAUAAGUAGUUUAUUAUCAAAAUUGGUAAAUUCAUCAAAUAUUACUACUAUUAGUCAAUUAGCUAUUUGUAGCGAAAAAAGGAUCAAGUUUUUACUUUCUUUUGAGUGAGUGCUAUUAGAAUAGAUU